AUGAUUAUUGCAGUUGGUCGUACUGUUCUCUUUUUUAUACAUUUGAUUAACUUUGUGAUUGUGACAAGCGUUUUGUUUUCGACUGAUGAAUUUACAAAAUUCCCGUCUUGGAGUGUCGGGGUGUUUACUGUCCAGCUUUAUUCUGUUGUAGAAUCGUUACUUCAAAUUUUCCUUUCAAUAAAAUUAUUUAACCAUUUAACAAGAAAAUUGUUAACUCUUUUAACUCUGAUUGGAUUACUCAACGUUCCGCUCCUCGUAAUUUCACUUUUCUCAAUGUCUCAAUUUCCGCCAUUUCCCACGAAUCGGCGUGUGACAAUAUUUUUCUUUGCAACAAUGACAAAUCUCAUUCUUAUGAUCGAAGCUUCCAUUUCCAUUUUUUACUUUUUUUAUGUAAUCAUCUGUUUUAUCAUUUUUGCGAAUAAGACGUACCGUUCUGCCCCUAUAGACCUAUCAGAUUCUCCAUUUCCAUUUUCAAGUCUUCCCAAGGAAGAUACAAUAAACGGGGAAAUAUUGUUUUCUAUUGCGCCAGGCUCGACAAACCAUUUUAGGAGGCGUUCUGUCUUUAAUGAUGUUAAACAACUUAAAGAUAUGGGGGUCAAUGAGAUUGUAUCUUGUUUGACAACACGAGAUUAUGAGAGGCUCGGAAUGAACACAUAUGAGGGGCUUCUCUUUGAAAACAAUAUCAAAUUGGUCAAGUGCCCGAUCGUUGACUUUUGGAUUCCAGAGAGUGUUUCACUCUACGACAAAAAGGCUUUUGAAGUCUCACAAGACGUUUUGAAUGGAAACAAGGUGUUGAUCCAUUGUAACAGCGGAAAGGGGAGGACUGGUCUUUUUGCAGGGGCUGUUUAUUCCAAAAUUCACCCAAACAAGUCGGGAAAGUGGUAUAUUAAAUAUAUUAAAAGUCACUUAAAAGGCGCGUUUGAUACUUUACUUCAAAGACUGUACUUCAAAAUGUACAUUGCACACUUGAAUUGA